AUGAUUUUGGAAGAGCAGAGAUUCCUCCAUGAGGAUCUCGAAAGGCUCGAACAAGGCAUCGCCGAUAGAGUGAUUGAAGAUCCAAAACAGGUUCGAGAACGAUUAAAUAGAGACCAUCAAAUCGGAAACUUCCUCGAUCGAAUCCAAGAUCAAUCUAAACGAUUACUAGACAUAUACAAAGAUGUAGACGGGGUCCGAAGUAAAGAGAUUCAAUCUAUAUCGACUGGCGAACCAUUGGAAGAAUUCUAUAAACAACUUGGAGAAAUUAAGGGUUUUCAUCAAAGAUAUCCAAAUGAGCCGGUUGAGAAUCUCGAAAAGGCAUACAAGAAGAAGGCACCUACAGAAGGGGAGACCGCCACAUCCGAAAUUGACAAUAUGUUCACGGGUGAGGAAGCUUUUGGAAGAUUCCUAGAUCUCACUACCAUUCACGAAUUAUUUCUCAACCUCCCCAAUAUCAAGCGCCUUUCCUAUUUGCAAUACUUGGACAAUUUCGAUUCAUUCGCACCUCCAACAUGUCCCGUGAAACGCCCAGAUAAGAUGACAGAUCAAUACUUCGCAUACGUUGGGGAACUAGCAAACUAUCUGGAAAGUUUUAUGCGUCGAACAAGGCCGUUGGAAAAUUUGGAGAAAUUGUUUGUGAGCGUUGAGGAAGAUUUCGAUAAGGCAUGGAAGGAUAACGACGUUCCUGGGUGGAAACUGGAGAUUACAGCACCGGUAAAUGGAUCGAGUACUUCUGAAAUCUGGUGCGCAGACUGUGAAAAGGAACUCAAGAAUGAGAAUGUGUACAAGGGUCAUUUAUCAGGAAAGAAGCAUGUUCGAGCCGCAGAAGCGCGAGCAGCGCGGAUAGCCGAGACUGGGGAGGAGAGCAAUGGUGCAGCACAACCAACAUCAUCUACUUCCCGUCUAAAGGAACGUGCCAUAGCGGAGCGAGAGUACAGAGUCAGACGUCUCGCUGCUGCCAUGACACAAGAAAGAAGCGAUACUCGAGUCAACGUCGAACGAAAGCAAGGUAUGACCGAGCGUGAACGACAAAUGGAGCUUGAUUCGUUGUUCGCCGAAUCAUCAUCCGCAGCACCUCGAGAUGGAGAUUCCGACAGCGAUUCGGAUGGAGAUGACAAGAUUUACAACCCACUGAAGCUGCCGUUAGCCUGGGACGGCAAACCCAUCCCUUUCUGGCUUUAUAAACUCCACGGACUCGGUGUUGAAUUCAAAUGUGAAAUCUGUGGAAAUUAUGUUUACAUGGGCAGAAGAGCUUUUGAUAAACAUUUCAAUGAGGCUCGUCAUAUCUAUGGUUUAAAAUGCUUAGGCAUCACAAAUACGACUUUAUUCCGAGAGAUAACGGGAAUUGAAGAUGCGUUGAAGCUGUGGGAUAAAUUACAAAGGGAAAAGAAGAAGGGGAAGACGGAAGAAACUGGUGUUGUUCAAAUGGAGGAUGCAGAGGGAAAUGUUAUGCCCGAGAAGGUUUACUACGAUUUACAAAAGCAAGGCUUGCUAUAA